AUGGGGCUGCUAAUGGCCUCCGCCACACUCAGUCUUGUAUUGGCAAUUGUGUCUCUAAGCUUCCAAUCUCAAAUCUCAGCUGACCACUACAUUUACUCGUCACCUCCACCACCUGUCUCUCCUCCAUACCACUAUUCUUCACCACCUCCUCCACCACCUUCGCCUCCCCCACCAAAGCCAUACUAUUAUCAUUCUCCACCUCCACCACCUAAGAAGCCAUACUACUACCAUUCUCCUCCACCACCUCCACCAAAACCAUACUACUACCACUCACCCCCACCACCUUCACCUCCUCCAUCUAAGCCAUACUACUACCAUUCUCCCCCACCCCCACCCAAGAAGCCAUACUACUAUCACUCACCGCCUCCACCUUCACCUCCUCCACCGAAACCAUACUACUACCACUCUCCACCACCACCUUCACCUCCUCCUCCAAAGCCAUACUACUACCAUUCUCCACCUCCUCCUAAGAAGCCCUACAAAUAUCCAUCUCCCCCACCUCCAGUGCACCCUUACCCUCACCCCUAUCCCCACCCUCCACCCCAACCCCACCCCAACCCUUACCCUCACCCUCAUCCUCAUCCUCAUCCUCACCCUCCUUACGUUUACCACUCCCCUCCCCCACCCCCUAAGAAGCCAUACAAGUACCCAUCCCCUCCACCUCCAGUACACCCUUACCCUCACCCUCACCCACACCCACAUCCGCACCCACAUCCCCAUCCGCACCCUCACCCUCACCCUCCCUACGUUUACCUACGUACAUUCUACAUUGUUAUAAUUUUUCAUUAG